AUGAACGAGGAUUAUCAAAUACAACAGGAUAUCAACAUACUUGAAAGGGAGAUUGAAUCUGUUCGGGAGGAAUUGGAACAGCUCAAUGAACAUGAAUCGAAUCUACAACAAGAAGUGAGCAGACUAGAAGCGCUUCAAGAGGAGCAGAACCAACCACCGCGGGACCCUCAUUACGAGGAAGUACCGCUCAUAAAACACGCGUACUUCGACCCAUCAAUUGCUCGAUUUUUUGAAAAUACAGAGCUGCCGCCACACAACGAGCCAAUCGAUCAACGCAUCAUAGAAGCAGCAGACACGAAGGAGAACAUCAUGUAUGAAAACAUUCUACGAAUGAGUGGGAUCACUGCUUUCCCCAUCAAUAAGCAUUUAUUCCCCAAUGAUGAAAUUCUUGGAAUAAGAUUUGACAUUUUCUCACCUAAAAGCAAAUCAUUUAAGCAACCGCAUUAUGUGAUAUUGCUGAAGUCCAAGUUCCAAAACGAAGCAUCGUAUUGGAGAGUUUAUAAAACUACAUUGCCAGUGCAUGCUCCAUUGGAUCGAUAUCAGGAGGAAUUGCAGGAGACAAACGAUCUUGACAAGUUUGUCACUAGCAUACACGUGUAUCUAGCGGAAGACAACAAAAAGAGGGAAACUCCCGGGUGA